ACUAACGGCGCCGAGGACUCGCGCGAGCGGAAGAGCGCGCUGGCCGCAGACCUGGAGCAGUGCGCGGGGCAGGAACGGGACGGCGUGCUGCUGCUCGUCGGCUCGGGCAGGGAACCGGACUUCAAACGGGGCUCGCAGAACAUCGGUCUGCUCGCUAAGACGCCCCUGGGCUACACACGUCCCGUGAAGAGGAAUAAUAUCAGGAAGCGACGGAUUCAGAACCUCAUCUACGACGCGCUCGAGAGACCACGAGGAUGGGCGCUGCUCUACCACGCGUUUGUGUUUCUGAUUGUUUUGGGAUGCCUGAUUCUGUCAAUUUUAACAACGUUCAAAGAGCAUGAGAAAGAUUCGGCUCACUGGCUGGUGAUUCUGGAGACAUUUACAAUCUUUAUUUUUGGAGGCGAGUUUGCAUUGAGGAUAUGGGCUGCCGGCUGCUGCUGUCGAUAUAAGGGCUGGAGAGGACGGCUCAAAUUCGCCCGCAAACCGCUGUGUGUCCUGGAUAUCUUUGUACUGAUUGCUUCGGUGCCGGUUGUUGCCGUACGAAACCAGGGAAAUGUGUUGGCCACGUCGCUGCGCAGUCUGCGCUUCCUGCAGAUCCUUCGAAUGCUACGAAUGGACCGCCGCGGAGGCACCUGGAAACUGCUGGGAUCUGCAAUAUACACACACAGCAAGGAGCUGAUUACAGCGUGGUACAUUGGCUUCCUGUCAUUGAUCCUGGCUUCUUUCCUGGUGUACCUGGUUGAGAAGGAUGAUGUCACUGUAGAGCCAUCAUACACCGAGGGCCCCUCCCCAACACCAGCCCCACAGGACUUUGACACCUAUGCAGACGCCCUCUGGUGGGGACUGAUCACCUUGACAACCAUCGGUUACGGUGACAAGACCCCAAAGACGUGGGCAGGGCGUCUUCUGGCCGGGACCUUUGCUCUUAUUGGUGUGUCGUUUUUUGCUCUUCCAGCCGGUAUUCUUGGUUCUGGGUUGGCUCUGAAAGUUCAGGAACAGCACAGGCAGAAACACUUUGAGAAACGCAGAAAUCCUGCAGCUUCAUUAAUACAGGCUGCAUGGAGAUACUACUCCACCAACCCCGUCAGAGACGAUCUCAUCGCCACAUGGAGAUUCUAUGAAACUGUGAUCUCUCUGCCAUGCUUCAGGAAGGAGCCUCUUGAGGGUAUGGCUAGUCAGAAGUUGAGUUUGUUGGAACGUGUGCGGCUGUCGACCCCGAGACCGUCGAUGGUAAGGGCCCGUGUGAUGAUGCCUGCUGCCAAUCCUGAAAGUGUGUCAGGGAACUGCGGGCCAGCAGAGGCGGUUGAGGAGAGUCCAUCAAAAGAGGGCAAACCAGCAGCGUUCAGUAACAGAGAGAGAUUCAGAACUGCUUUCAGAAUGAAGGCCUAUGCCCUGAGACAGAGCUCAGAGGAUACAGGAGGUCUGCCUGACCCCACUCCUGAGGAGAAGGGCUUCCCACCAGACAUACUGCUGGAGGAGAUGAUUCCAACUCUCAAAUUAGUCAUAAGAGCAUUGCGGAUCAUAAUAUUCCUUUUGAGUAAGAAGCGUUUUAAGGAGACUCUGAGGCCGUAUGAUGUAAAGGAUGUGAUUGAGCAGUAUUCUGCAGGACACCUGGACAUGCUCACCAGAAUCAAAUAUCUACAGACACGACUAGAUCUGAUACUGACACCAGGACCACCUCUCACUCCAAAACACAAGAAACCCCAGAAAGCACCAUUUCCGUACCCCACCCAGCAGUCACCUAGACACGAGUCAUAUCUUGCCAAAGCAAGCCUGCCAGAUCCUGAAGACCAAAGCAUGAUGGGUAGAUUUGUGCGGGUUGAGAGACAGGUGGAAGACAUGGAGAAGAAACUGGAUUUCCUGGUGGAUAUGCAUAUGCAACAUGACCUCACAGGCCCUGGCCACAUGACCAUGGAGCACUACGAACCCACGUUGACCGUCAGUGUCACAGGCGACCGUGUGUACUGCAGCUACGGCCCGCCGCCGCACAACACGCCGCAUUACACGCGCUCCGACGCCAACCCGCCCAGACCGACCGUCCUGCCCAUCAGCCCACUGCCAAGCCACUCCUCGUCCUCCAACGUCAGCCAGUCGGGAGGCCGCAGGGUGGGAACGCCACUGUCGCUGUUGUCGGUCACUCACGAGGAGCUGGAACGCUCGCCCAGCGGAUUCAGCAUCUCCGCCGAGAAAGAGGAGGUCACGGGCAAGGCCUCAGGGUUAACGGCAGGGUCGAGCUGGGGCCGCGACCGGCGCUAUUUAGCUGAGGGCGAGACGCACUCUUUCUAA